AUAACGUGAGACAAUUUUUCAAGUUCAGUGUCAUUUAAGUCAUAACAACAUCACAUUUGUAAAACUACAUUGUAACAGUACCACAGAAAAAAAAAAAAACAGUAGAAAGAUACAGAUCAAUGCUGGUUUUGGGAAUGGUUUAGCUGGUCUGGCUCAUCUUCAACUAUGUUACGUGCUGCUGAGAAGAAAAUUCUUUCAUGUAUGAGAACUGCAUAUCGAGGGUGGUAUGUGGAUAUAGGGCCAGUUGUAGGAACUUCAGAUAAAAUAUGGACUAUUUCCUUGAAUCAGGAUUCACCAAAGACACCAAUUGUUCUAUUACAUGGAUUAGGAGCAGGAGUAGCAUUAUGGUGUUUAAACCUUGACGCUUUGGCCUCUCAGAGGCCGGUAUAUGCCAUUGAUAUAUUAGGUUUUGGUAGAAGCAGUCGCCCCAUUUUUAGUAGUCAAGCACAAGAAGCUGAAAACCAGCUAGUUCGUUCCAUUGAAGAAUGGAGGAGAGAAAUGCACUUGGAGAAAUUUGUACUUCUGGGUCAUUCAAUGGGUGGCUUUCUUGCUGCAUCAUACAGUAUGCAACAUCCUGAAAGGAUUAAGCACCUUAUUCUUGCGGAUCCUUGGGGUUUUCCAGAAAGACCUAUAGAACGAAUUUCAAGGGCACCUAUGUGGGUGAAAGUUAUAGUGUACAUAAUGGAACCAUUAAACCCCUUAUGGCCAGUCAGAGCAGCUGGUCCAUUUGGACAGUGGUUAAUUGAAAAAACAAGGCCAGAUAUAGUAAAGAAAUUUACACCUGUAUUAAAAAACGACACUGCAGUGAUUUCACAGUAUUUACAUCAAUGCAAUACACAAACACCGUCGGGCGAGAGUGCAUUUCACGCGAUGAUGCAACACUUUGGCUGGGCCAAAAAUCCUAUCGUUAAAAGGAUGGAUAAGCUGAGUCCAGAAAUUCCUAUAACUCUUUUGUAUGGUAGUCGAUCAUGGGUCGACAAUUCGAGUUGGGAAACACUUAAACACGCCAGAUCAUCGUCUUAUAUUAAUGUUCAGGCGAUAACAGGAGCAGGACAUCAUGUUUAUGCGGAUAAAAGUGAAACUUUCAAUAAACAUGUAUUAGAAGCAUGCAAUCUAAGUGAUUCGAUACCCCAUUUAACACAGUCAAACGUUCAUUCGAAUCUUAAAGCCAUAAAUGACCAACAAAUUUCACUUAUUUUAGCAAAUGAAGAGGACGACUCAAAGACUGUGCAAGAACAAGAAUUAAAUACGUCACAAACACGAUCUAGUUGAAAUAUAGGAUAACAUUUUAUUCUUAAAUUGUAUUUCUUGACAUGAAUGUGCACAGUGCAAUGAACUGCGUGAAUUGUGUGAUUUAGACUAGCCAUAUGUAUUGCAAGAUACCAAACAAUCACAUGUUGAUUAUUAUUAUUGUACAAUUUAAUUUCUAAUUUAUGUUGCGCUUUGUUAUUUUGAUAAUUUAUAAUUCCUUGAAUUGUUUCAAGGAUAACAGUACUCACUCUUUAAUAUAAGUUCAUUAACCUUCAAAUGUAAGAAUGUUGAUGUCGAUUAUUUGUGUAAAUUUUAAUUUCUUUCUAAGAUUGUAAGUACAAAUAUUGUAAUAUAAAUUUCGGGAGGGAAUGAGAGCACAAUUUAUGGAAGCAUUUUAAAACAAAUACUUAUGGUAGUUCGCAGACGGAACGUACAAAAUCAAAAACUAUAAUAAAAUCAAAUUCAAUCAAUGGGAUCAAUGAUUUUGAUAAAUAUAC